GCCCGGAGCCGCCUGUGGCCGCUCCUCGGGGGCGGUUUGUCUCUGGUCACCCGCCUCGAGAGCCGCCGUCUGAGCCCCACCGUCCUGCUGGGAGCGGGAGCCGGGCUGGGGCUGGCGGGGGCCGGGGUGUGGCUGAGCUGGAGCAGCCCGAGCCCGAGCCCGGAGGCGGGACCGAGAGGCCAACGGCGACUGUGGAGCCGGAGCGGCGGGGCCCGGGGCCUGAGCGGCAGGUGCUCGGUGUACGCGGCGGAGCAGGUUAAAGACAAGCCAAAAGAAGAUGUGAAAGAAGGAAGUGCUUCAACUCGCAAACUGCGUUUCAAACAGUACGCCUCAAUGGAGUAUGAAGGGGAUUUGUACAUGACUCCAAGAGAUUUCUUAUUCUCUGUGAUCCUAGAAGAUCAUGAUAAUGGUGGCAACUUUCUUACAGGAAAACUGCAGACAAAGAAACUGACGAAGCAGGACGUUGAAGAUAUAAUAACAACAUCUAUGAGUAUGAAAGCUUCAUCCAGUCUUUUCAGAGACCUCGGUGAUAAUGGUUUGAUCUCGUACACUGAAUAUUUAUUUCUGCUGUGCAUUCUAACAAAGCCACGCACUGGAUUCCAUAUUGCCUUCAGUAUGCUGGACACUGAUGGUAACCAGCAAGUCGAGAAGAAGGAGUUUUUAGUGCUAAAGACCAUCAUUGGCCAGCGGAAGGAAACGAAACCUGAAGCCAGAGCUGCCCAGCAAGAAGGUGACACAGAACUUAAGACAAUGUUGCUGAUACACUUCUUUGGCAAAGAGGGAAAGCUGAAGCUCCAGUUCAAGGACUUUUACAGGUUUAUGGAAGAUCUUCAAACAGAGGUGCAGGAGAUUGAAUUCAAAGAGUUUUCCCGGGGCAUGAAAACCAUGAGAAGAGAAGAAUUUGCUGCUUGGCUGCUUCACUUCACUGAAGAGGAAAACCAUAAGACUUACUGGGAAAAUGUCAGGUUGCGAAUCCCUGCAGGAGAGAGCAUUUCCUUUGAAGAAUUCAGGGCGUUUUGCCGUUUUAUGAACCAUCUUGAGGAUUUUGCCUUCACAAUGAACAUGUUCACUAAAAGCAAUCGUCCCGUUGGAAUAGCGGACUUCAAGAGAGCUGUGAAGGUUGUAACAGGACAAGAACUCUCAGAUAAUGUCUUGGACACGGUCUUCAAAAUCUUUGAUUUGGAUGGGGAUGGAUGUUUAAGCCAUCAGGAGUUCCUUGGAGCGAUCAUGACCAGGCUCCAUCGUGGCCUAAAGGCACCACCACAAAUAGGUUUAAAUGGCUAUUUAAAAUGUGUGAAGAACGAAACUAUUGGCGGAGUCCACGAAGCCUGGAAGCAGACUGGAAGAAGCCCCUUUUAGUGCUUUUGCAACAAAUACAUUUUCUAUUUAAAUCGAGCCAAUACUAGUGCUCAAAAGCUUGCUUGUGUGGGAAUCUGUCGUCAUGGGUUUUAAAAAGAGCUUGAGUAGAAUUGGACAACUAAUGUGCUACAAAAAGCUUCCAGAUUUGACUCCAUUAAAAUGUCAUGAAUGUAUUUCCUUUACUAUAUAAUUGCAUGUUGACAAAAAGAAACUAAUUCACAUAGCAAGGAAUGAAGUAGCAUUUAGGAAUUUGUUGAAACAUUUUUUCUGGCACAUACGGAAAUCCACGUGUGGAAAUUAAUUUACAACUCAACAUAAUUCAAAUAAUUCUUUUGAAAAGGUCAAUGCAGAACUUGAUUAUACACCAUAAGAGAGAGAAUUUUCACAAUGGAUCAUACAUGAUAUAAUAUAUGUUGUUAGUUCAAUGCUUAGCAAAACGUUCAUCAAAUGAGACACGGGCUACGUGUAAAAAGCUGUACUAUACGCACUAUACAAACUCAUAUACCCCCAUGGAAAGGAAAAUUGGAAAACAAUUAGGUCAAAAAAUUUAAAAGAAAAGAAACAUUAAUAGCAAUCUGUUUAUUUGAUAACAAACAAUCUGGUUAUCAAUUUUAUAACAAUAAAUAGAAAGUGAUGUAUGUGACAAUGUAUUAGCAAGAAAAGGUUCAAUAACGAAGAUUCAAUCAUUAAAAACUCACUUUACUGUAAACCAUAGAUUCUCUCAUUGAUAAAGAGGAAUUCUACUCAGGUGCAUUGCCAAAGAAAGGCAUUGAAGAAUUUUUCAAUUGCGUUUAUACACAUAUGCCUUAGUAUAAAAUGUAAAACCUAAUCUCAUUAGCUAAAUGGGCUUCCCUAGGGUUCAAGGUAAGGAGACCCUGGUAAAUUCUUCAAUAAAGAAGCUCAGGGGCUGUUUCUUACCUGAUUUGUUGACUCCAGCUUUCUGGUUCUGCUCAGUUCAAUCUUGCUUUUUAAGAAGAUUUAUGUCUUUUUUGGUAAUGGAUCUCAUACUGGUAUUGGCAACAUUAUCAAUUUUAUACUCUCUGUUAUGGUCAGCACUACGAAAUCUCAUUUGUGUUAUUGGCUUUCCAUUUGUAGUUCUUGCCUGUAAGGGCUCAACUUAAAACUGCUGGGAAAUUGUUCAAUAAAAUGUUAGAAAACAUUAUUACAAUAUUAUAAAACCUUUCUAUUGGUAUAAGAAUUUUUUUAAAAAUUGCUUUAUAACAUUCUAUAAAUCAGACAGUAUAUAACAGCAUAUAGGUGGUUUUAUCUAUUUAUCUCUUGCAGUUUCUUCUAAGAUUUUAUGUUUUGGAUGUUUAAUAAAAUAUUCUUUGAA